AUGGCCGCUAUAAAGAACUUGAACCCAAAAGCCGAGCUUGCUCGAAAUCACCAGGCCCUUGCCAUCAAUAUUUCCGCCGCUCGUGGUCUGCGCGAUGUCAUGAAGACCAACCUCGGCCCCAAGGGAACGAUGAAAAUGCUCGUUUCCGGCGCUGGCGACAUCAAAUUGACAAAGGACGGCAAUGUGCUUUUGAAUGAGAUGCAAAUCCAGUCACCUCCUGCUAUGCUCAUCGCCAAGUGCGCUACUGCUCUUGAUGACACUGUCGGCGACGGAACUUCUCAGCUUAUUUGCUUCAUUGGCGAGCUUCUGAAGCAAGCUGAUGGACAUAUCGCUGAUGGAGUUCAUCCGAGACUCAUCAACGAUGGCUUCAGACUCGCAUCUGUUGAGGCUAAAAAGGCGCUUGAAAUUAUCGCUGAAAAGAAGGAAAUCAAUCGAGACCUCCUCCUUCAGGUCGCAAGAACGAGCCUUCGAACAAAACUUGAUGCAGAGCUCUCUGAGAAGCUGACAGAAGCUGUUGUCGAUGCUAUCCUAGCUAUCCAGAAAGAGGGUGAGGAGAUCAACCUUCACAUGGUCGAAAUCAUGGAAAUGCAGCACAGAUCUGCCAUGGACACUCAACUCAUCAAAGGUCUCGUUCUCGAUCACGGAGCUCGACAUCCCGACAUGCCAAAGCGAAGUGAAAAGUGCUUUAUUCUUGCCGCCAAUGUCUCCCUCGAGUACGAAAAAACCGAGGUCAACUCUGGCUUCUUCUACAAAACCGCUGAGGAGCGAGAAAAGCUCGUCAAGGCCGAGCGUGCUUUCACCGAUCAAAAAGUGCAGAAAAUAAUCGAUUUCAAGAAACAGGUCUGCAAAGACGAAGGCGAGGGUGAAGCCUCCUUCAUCUUGAUCAACCAGAAGGGUAUCGACCCCAUCUCUCUUGAUGCGCUUGCCAAAGAAAACAUUGUUGCUCUACGACGAGCCAAGCGACGUAACAUGGAGCGAUUGGCACUCGCUUGUGGUGGACAUGCUCAGAAUUCGGUCGAUGACCUCACUCCUGACUGCCUUGGAAAAGCUGGACUCGUUUACGAAGCUGUCUUGGGCGAGAACAAAUUUACUUUUGUCGAGGAUUGUGUCAACCCACAGUCUGUCACUCUUCUGAUCCGAGGUCCCAACCGACACACCAUUGCACAGAUCAAAGAUGCCAUUCGAGAUGGUCUUCGAGCGGUCAAAAACUGCAUUGAUGACAAGCAAGUCGUUCCUGGAGCCGGUGCCUUCGAAAUCGCUUGUCACCAGCAUUUGAUCGAGUACUCCAACACCGUCAAAGGUCGACAGGCUCUUGGUGUCCGGGCCUUUGCCGAGGCGCUUUUGGUUGUUCCCAAGACUUUGGCGAACAACUCUGGUCACGAUCCAAUGGAUGUUGUCGUUACUCUCCAGUCAGAAACACGAAUGAAUAAAGAGGCGAUGGGCGUUGAUCUUCAAACAGGCGAAGCAAUCAUCCCUGGUGAUGAGGGCAUUUGGGACAACUAUUGCGUCAAAAGCAGAUUCUCGACUCCGCGACCGUCAUCUCCGAGCACUUCCUCCUCAUCGAUGAGAUCAUGCGAGCCGGUUUAG